AUGUCUGAAAAAUACAAGAAUUUAAAGGUUAAAGAUCUCCAAGAGCUCUUGCAGAAAAACGGACUUCCUCACACAGGCAAAAAGGAAGAAUUGAUUGAAAGAUUAGUUCAACACGACGAAACUAUUGAAAAAGAACUCGGUUCUCUAGAAGAAGAGUUUGGUAAUCUUGAGGAUUAUAAAGGAGAUGCCAAUCCCGUAGAACUCACUACGGAUAUAGCGAAUGAAGCUAAUGCAAUAGCUAAAGAGAAGGCUCGGGAAGAGGAAAAGACAGAAGAGCCAAAAGAAGAAAAGGAAGUAGCAAAGGAAGAGGAUGAUAAACCAAAGUCAGAUUUCAAAUAUACACCCAUCACCUUUGACAAGGCAUCUUCUACCUCUCCAAAGCCAGUCGUUCCUGUCGCGCCCAAGGAAGGAGUAGCAGUAAGCGAUGAUGCAGAAAAGGCAAUAGAGAGAGCAAAACGCUUUGGCGUACCAUUAACUGAAAAAGCAAGACAAGAGCUUCGUGCAAAACGAUUUGGACUGGAUAAAGGUGGAAAUGAUGACGAAACAUUAAAGAAGCGAGCAGAACGAUUUGGUCUUAAUAAGGGUGAUACUGAUCCCGAGAAACUAAAGAAGAGAGCUGAACGAUUUGGAUUGAAUAAGGGAGGAAAUGAUUCAGAAACUCUAAAGAAGAGAGCUGAACGGUUUGGAUUGAAUAAGGUACCCACUACGACUGAUCCUGCGGAAGAAGAAAAGAAGAGAAAACGUGCCGAGAGAUUUGCACAAGACAAUGCAAAGAAACAAAAAGUCUAUACAUCAAGUGACAUAGACGUACUCGUUUUACCUGAGAUGGCCUUUACAGGAUACGUCUUUAACUCGGUUGAAGAGAUUAUGCCAUACCUUGAAGAUGCAGAGACUGGCCCAACAGUUAAUUGGGCCAGAAAACAAGCCCAAAGGCUUGAGUGUUAUGUGAUCGUAGGAUACCCUCAAAAAGAAGGCAAUAGAUAUUACAAUAGUCUGUGUUGUGUAGAUCCUCAAGGGAAACUGGUCAAGACUUAUCAAAAAUCCUUCUUGUUUGAAACGGAUGAACAAUGGGCCACUGAAGGUCCAGGUUUUGUGUCUAUGGAAAUAGAUGGUUUAGGAAAGGUGGGAUUUGGCAUAUGUAUGGAUAUCAACCCUUAUCAAUUGAAAGCCGAUUUUCACGACCAUGAAUUUGCAAAUUACCACCUAAAACAUGAUACGGACAUCAUAUUCUGUUGUAUGGCCUGGCUAAAGAAUUCAGGUGACGAACGAGAUAUGAUCAAGUACUGGGCGUUUCGAUUAUUACCACUACAUAGUGACUCAGCAAACGAAAGGCAUACGUAUUUUAUUGCAUGUAAUAGAAUAGGUAUUAUAUGGGAUGCGAUACAACAGGUGUCAUGA